UGUUAAUAAAAGUAUUGUAUUGUAUCCAGGAUGGAACAGAGACCUAAGCGUAACUAUAUAUGUUUGGGAGGAUGGGAAACUGUUAUUCCUGCACACCAACUUAUACAUACAAAGUUUAGGAACACUUACCAGCAGUACAGUACACUAGAGGAGUCUAGUCUGUUUGUAGAAGAUGAUGAUAUAUCAGAGUUAGGAAAUAUUACUUUAGGAUACGUGGUUGCAACCCAGGAUCAGGUUCCGGAGAAAAGGAUUUGUUUUAUGUACACAAAACAUAAUGAUGAAUACUCAUGGACUGUGGAUCAAACAGCGUGUCUUAGAAAUAUCAGGCCUGGGAUAGAUGGAAGACGACGUUUUAAUACAACAAAACUGGAGACUUGUGGGGCAACCUACCUAACCUUUCAAACUUGGAGUGCACUAUGUAUCCUUAUAUCUAUCUACCUACUUUAUCUAUAAUUAUAAUAUAUAUAUCUAACUAUUUUAGCUUUAGUCUAAUAUCUUUUUAACUAUCAAAUUUUUCUAUUCUGCCUUUAAACUUUAUCAAUAGUUCAACUUACCUAAUAUCUACCUAUCUAUCUGCCUACUUUAUCUUUAAUUUAAUCUCCCUACUUUAUAUAUAAUUUAGUCUACUAUCCAUCUAUCUAUACUCUCCCUACUCUAUCUAUAAUUUAAUCUACCUACUAUUCAACCUUUAAUCUACAAUCCAUCUAUCUACACUCUACCCACUUCUAUCUAUACUCUACCCACUAUAUCUAUAAUUUAGUCUACCUACUAUUCAACCUUUAGUCGACUAUCCAUCUAUCUAUACUCUACCCACUAUAUAUACUUUAGUUAUCAAACUAUUCAUGUUGUUUUUCAAACUUCAGUAUAAAUUAUCCUGAAAAUCUUGAAUAUGACAACUAUAAAUCUACAUUUAAAUCAUUGUUAGGUAAACAUUUUGAGUCUUUUCCUUUCUGGAUAGUCAUGUUUAUACCAUUUAUUUUGACAUUUCAAACUUUUAGCAUAAAAGUUUAAUUACUUUCUCUAUAAGGCUUUCCUAAACUGUGCAGAAAAUAUUUGCAUAUUUUUUAUAUUCCUGAUGCUCAGUUUGUGUCAAACUGAGCAAAUGUUUCUGUAAAACUCACACGACGGUGUCACCGUAAUUUUCGUAUUUUUUCGUAUUCUGUUCUUGUUUUUUAAUUACAGGGCCAGUGAAAGCACAUGCGGCUUGAAUUGGCCUAUUUCGACCUGAGAUUGUGCAAUCAUGAAUACACCUUUUAAGGGGAAACACCCUGUAUGUACACUCAAAUUAUAUCUACAAAGAUAAGCAUGAAACUCUGUAAUAGCAAGACGAUUUUUAGACUCAAGUUAUGACUUUAAAUAGUCCAUUGAACAUAAGUCACAGAAGUUGUGCAGUGUAAACAGCCCAUUUUAGUUCAGAAGUGAUUAGAUGAGUUAUUAGUAAAACUGUUUUCUGGUUCUCACUGUAAAAGAGAAAAAUUUUCAGAAAUCUCAACUAUCUCUAAAAUAUCAAUUCAGGGAAGAAUCAGUUGCUAUAUCUUUUUCAAACUUUAAAAACUUAAGAAAUUAAAUAAACAUUUCAUGCCGUUUGCUUUGUAAAUGAUAAUAAUUAUUGUAAAUAUUAUUGUAAAAUUGAUUUCAAAGUAAAAUUAUUUGAGAAAAAGAUGGUUUUAACGAAAUGACAUGCAAAAAGUCUUUAAUAUCUAAAAUUACAUAUGGAAGAAGACAUUUAAAACCUAUUUGACAACUGUCAUGUUUCGUGGGACACACUGUAUAUAAACGAUGCAACUCGUCAAUUUUAGCCUUUCUGGAACAAGGUCUUAGAUUGGUUCUCAGAAAAUCCUAACUUAUCUUAAAAUAUACAAAGUAAAAAUUACAUGUGAUAACAUUUUUCUCGCCUUUCUUAGUCAUCUCUAAUAAUUCCUCUUUCUUUAAGAUCAUCUAAGUUAAGAUUUAUUGUACUAGAGAGAAAUAGUUUAACUAGGUAGAGACCUUGUUGAACUAAUCCUCUCUAUUUUUAUAAUUUUAACCCCUGUUAUUAUAUUAUAAUAAUAUUGUGUAAUCUAUUGAUGAAUCUUUUAUUACCAUUGUAUUACGGCUGUGGAAUCCUCACAUUAACUACAGGGUGUCCCAAAAAACAUGGGAAUUCAGUGACGAAUUCGAUAUCGUCUUUGUUAUGAAUUAGCAUUGUA